CCCACCUUUGCGACCAGUAGGCAAAAUGUACUAGAGUAGGAACGAUGAGCUACGUCCCGCCUGAGACGGAUGCGGGGACAUUAGACUUGCCAUUCACCGGAGGAUAGUAAGUUCCAUGGGUAGUCGGUCCCGUCACUCAUGCUCGGUCCCGAUCGAAGGAUUGCAACGCCCGCGCAUUCCAAAAUCCAGCUGCCUUGUUGCCCCGGAGGGCUUUUGAAUUAACCACCGACUUCCUGUUUGUAUCGUCCGAGAAAUCGAAUCAAGUCGUAUCACACAAAUAUAUGAGUGACCUUGGCCCUCCUGAUUUCUGUUCCUUGUACACAGGCUCGAAGCAACUUUGAUCUCCGCCAUUAGGAUCUACUGCUUGAGCAACAUUCACAGCAUACUCACAGCCUUCACCAAAAUGUCUCAAAAAAGUAUGGAGAAAGAACCCGAUACCACCUCGUCACCACCAGCCAGAGAUGACGAAGAGACAUCGUACCUCAGCGGCCUCACUUUACUGAGUGUCGUGGUCGCGUUGGUCCUGGUCAUCUUCUUGAUGAUGCUUGACACCUCAAUCGUUGCAACAGCCAUCCCGCGCAUCACGACACAAUUCCACUCUCUUGAGGAUGUCGGUUGGUAUGGCAGUUCAUAUUUACUCGCCAGCUGUGCUCUGCAGCCCCUUGCUGGCAAAAUCUACAAGGAGUUCAGCUACAAAUGGACCUUCCUCUGGUUCUUUGCCCUGUUCGAACUUGGCUCCCUCAUCUGCGGUGUCGCCACAUCUUCCAACAUGUUCAUCAUCGGCAGAGCUGUAGCAGGUCUUGGGUGUUCCGGACUGCUGAACGGUGCGCUAUCGAUCAUUGCGGCGUCUGUGCCUCUGACCAAAAGACCCCUGUACAUGGGCUUCAUGAUGGCUCUUUCACAAUUUGGCGUUCUAUUCGGUCCUCUUAUUGGUGGAGCCCUUACGGAGUACACCACUUGGAGAUGGUGCUUCUACAUCAACUUGCCCAUCGGUGGUGUCGUUGCUGUGAUCCUAUUCUUCGCACCUGUCCCUGCUGGACCCGAGAAGACGGAACCAAAGAAGUUCGAGCUGGGUGUGUUCCUCCGCAGCCUCGAUCUGAUCGGCUUCGCGCUCUUCGCCCCUGCCAUUAUUCAACUAUUGCUUGCCCUUCAGUGGGGCGGUACCGAAUACCCAUGGAAUAGCUCAACCAUCAUCGGCCUCUUCUGUGGCGGAGGAGCUACGAUCUUAGUAUUCCUGACCUGGGAAUACUUCAAAGGCGACGAUGCCAUGAUACCUCUAUCCAUGGUCCGGAACCGCAUCUUCGCCUCCAGCUGCAUGACCGUCUUCUUCACCUUCUCGAGUAUGCUGUGCGUGAAUUACUACCUACCUAUCUAUUUCCAGGCUGUUCGUGGUGCCUCACCGACGAUGAGUGGUGUUGAUCUCCUGCCCAGCAUCAUCAGUCAAAUGAUUUUUGCCAUUCUCUCAGGGGUAGGUGUUACGAAAAUUGGCUACUACCUUCCCUUCUCUGUCACCUGCGGUGUCCUCACUGCCAUCUCAUGCGGCCUGUUGAGUAUGCUUGGCCCUCACACAUCUAUGGCUAAGUGGAUCGGCUACCAAAUUCUCGGCGGUGUCGGACGCGGUCUGGGUAUUCAGAUGCCUAUCGUCGCUGUCCAGAACCUCUUGCCGAAAUCACAAGCUUCGGUCGCCAUGUCGAUACUCAUCUUCUCCCAGACUUUUGGUGGAGCCUUGUUCCUCGCAUUUGCCCAGACAGUCUUCAACACUGGUCUUUCAUCAGCUCUUAAGGAAUACGCACCCGAAGUCGCUGCAGAGACCAUUCUCGCUGCCGGCGCUACUGGCGUGAGGGGCGUAGUCUCUGGCGCUGUAUUGCCUCAUGUGCUUCAAGCUUACAGUGUGGCCGUCAACCACGUCUUUUACCUCGCUGCUGGAGCAGCAGCUGGAGCUACUUUUGCGUGUCUUGGUAUGGGUCUGCACAGUAUCAAGAAGAUCAAGGCCAAGGCAGAGGCGGAAACUUCUGCGCCUGAGAAAGAAGCCGUCUGAGCCACCAUGCCGCUUGCCUACUUCGAUACUCUUACGGCUUCACGAUACGAUCUUACUGCACACAACACACUGGCCGAUCAAAGAGCCGACCAUGGAUGAUGUUGGGAUCACUUUGGUUCGUACAAAUAGCUUACUCACUCCUCACUCACGAUUAUGAUUCUAUACCCCCCAACAGAGAAGUACAUAGAAGAAACAGUUCUUAUAAUGCACCAAAAGUUUGAUUACCCACAGAUCGUCCAACC